CACUUUUAAAUUAUUAUUACUAUUUCUUUUGCGUCUCAACGCGCCUGUGCGUCAACAGGAGGCGCAGCGGGGCCUAUGAAAGCGCGCAAGUCUUACGAAGUCCGCGCGGGUCCAUCCUCCCAACUAUCGUCGGCCGCCGCGUGGCUUGCAAAGGGCGCAAGUUUGCGCUUGCUGGUGCCUUGCGCGGAGGGUGUGUGUGUCUUUCUGUGACUUUUCCGCCGACUCCGCUUCUCGCUUAAGGUUCUGUGCCAUUCAUAAGAGUUGGUGCGUUCCUGGACGGACAGAGGGUGCAAGAGGAGGAGGCGGCUGAGGGCGACGCGUUCUGCUGAUAUGGAAGCGGAUUCAGGAUAUAAUAAAGUUGUUAGCUGCCAUGUUGAAGAUGCUAUAACAUUUUGGGCACAGGAUAUUAAUAGACAUAGCGACAUAUUGAAGACUAGCCGUUCUCUAGCGGAAAUCUGUCCUCUAGCCAGCCCAGUCUUUGGCAAUCCUGAUCUUACCAGGAUCUAUGGAGGAUGCUUUUCUGAAGAUAAAUGUUGGUACAGAUGCAAAGUACUGAAGGUUAUCAAUAUUGAAAAGUGCCAGGUAUUAUAUAUAGACUAUGGAAACUCUGAGGUUCUCAAUCGAUCAGAAAUAGUUGAGAUUCCAGAAAACUUGCAGUUUCCUAGUGUGGCGAAAAAGUACAGGCUGUGGGGAUUACAGAUUUCAGCUAAUCAAGAUUUAAAUCAUUUUGACCAGGCCAGGAGAUUUCUGCAUAGCUUGAUUUUUGAAAAAGAAAUAAAGACGAGAAUCAAAGCCACGUAUCAGGAUGGUACCAUUGUGGCUGAAGCAGAGUGUGGGCUACUGGAUAUUGGGGAAGAAAUGGCCAAAAAAGGAUUUGCUGAAAGAUGCAAGUCUCCUGUAAAUAGUAAUUCCUGUGAUACAAAAAUGGAUUCCUCUCUCUGCCAAUCCAGGAAUGCAAAUUCUCCAGCUCCAGUGUGGUCCAGCAGAGCCAGCUCUCCAUUAAGCAACAGAGUAGGCAUGGGCUUUGGUGACAAUCCACCACUGAAUGGAAGGAAUGAGAAAAACGGUGCAAACCAUGUGCCUUUUAUUAAGGAGAAAAUGGUGACUUGUGACUUUAGAAGGGUCUCAAACAUUAGCUUGGAAAAAAUAAAGCAAGACCAGAAAAUGAUAGAGGAGAAUGAAAAGUUGAAAGCGGAGAAAGAGGCUCUCAGAGUGAAAAAUGAGGAUCUUCUCCAUCAGUGUGAAGAACUGGAGUCAACUGUUAAGAAGCUUACUUGUGAUCUGGAGGAGGAGAAAAGAUACAAGGAAACUUUUGAGGUGUUGGAAAACGCUCUAUCAACAUAUAUAGGAACUACAGUGGGAAACUUGGCUGACAAGUUCGAGAAAUUGAAAGAAGCUAGACAAGUCAGUCUGAAUGCUCGUUUUGGAGAAGACCUUUCAGAAGCUAUUAAAGUGGUUACCGAAGGAUGCCUUGCUGCUCCCCUGUCCUUGGAAAAACUGGAGAAAAUUUGGAUUGACUAUAACGCUUUUCAAGAGGAAAUAUGUGCAUGCAAAUGUGUGGAUGAAGUGCAGAGCUUGAUUCAACGUAGAAACGAAGUGCAGCAGAGCUUGUAUGCUACAGUGCAAGAAUAUAUUAUGGAAGUGGAUGAUUUACCCCUUUCAGAGCGCUUGGAAACAUUGCAGAAAUUGCAGGAUUCCUUGGAAGUCGUAUAUGGUCAGGUUUAUGAAGUAGAGAGUUCUGAAGGAGCUUUUGAGAAGUUCGCUGAGUGGAAAAACAUUAAGUUGGAGGAAUUCAGUAGUGUCAGAAAUGCUACAGAUGCUUCUCUGCAAAAUUUGGUGACCUGUUUCAGCAGGAUAAUCCAGUUCUUUGACAUGACGUCAGGCAUACUUCUGAAAUUUGAGGAUGUAGGUGACAACAUGGAUGAAGUUCUCAAGAAUGCUGAGUUGAACAUUUCUCAAGAAUUGAGCAUUUUUCUAACUGAGCUAGAUGAAGCAGAUAAAAAAAUAAUCUUGAACGUGUACAGUGAAGUUAUGCAGAAGAUCAACCAAGAAAGCAAUCUCUUAAGCGUUAUAUAUCACAAGUAUCUGGACAGCAUCGAGUUCAAAAAGCAGAUAGUGGAGUGGCUGGAGACAAGUCCCAACGUUGACGUUUUGCUACAGAUUAAGAAAAGAGUGAAAAAGCUGAAGGCUCAGCUGAGGUGGAAGCUGGUUGAAAAAAACAACUUGGAAGAAUCUGAUGAUGACAGCGAGCCCAAAAUGGCAAAAAUAAAAGAAGAAAUAACUGGACUAAGAAAUAAUGUAUUUGAGGAAAUAUACAAGGAACAAGAAGAAUACGAGAAGCUCAAUCAGUUGGUACAGAAAUGGUUCCCUGAGCUACCGCUUCUUCAUCCUGAAGCAGGAAUUCUACAAUAUAUGAACUCAGGGGGACUUCUGACAGUCAGUUUGGAGCGUGAUCUUCUAGAUGCCGAACCAAUGAGAGAACUGAGCACGAAACGUCCUCUGGUUUGCUCAGAAGUUCAAGGGCAGAAGGUUCUCUUAAAGGGAUAUGCUGUGGAUAUGAAUACUGAAGCCGAAGUGAUAGAAAGAGCAGCAAAGUAUCACAGACUCUGGAGAGAACUGAAGGAAGAAUCUGGUUUGAUGCAGCUGAUGUUUCUAUUUUUAUGCAAGUCUGAUCCUCUGGCAUACCUGAUGGUCCCAUAUUAUGCUGAAGCAAGCCUGGGCAUAUUGCAGACUACCGCACCUUUAACUCCAAAAGAAACUUUGAAGGUGAUGAAAGGAGUAGCUCGUGGUCUGCAUACGCUACACAAAGCUGGUAUAAUCCACGGAUCCCUGCAUAAAAACAACGUAUUUGCUGUAAACCGAGAGCAAGGAAUUGUUGGAGACUUCGACUUCACCAAAUCAGUGAGUCAGCGUGCUUCAAUGAACUCUGUGCUCCUGAAUGGCUUGAACUUAAUUUCUCCUGAAGUAAGGCAGGGACAACCACCUUCUCCCGCUUCAGAUAUGUAUGCUUUUGGUUGCCUCCUUUACUGGCUGGUUCUUGGAAAACAGGAGUUUAAAUUAAAGAGAGAUGGAACUCCGGAAGUAGAUGGCCACUAUAUGGACGCUAAAGUUAAAUCUCUGCUCACGAAACUCCUCUGCUUUAACAAUCGAAUGACCUCAGAGGAGGUGCUGAAUGACGACUGUUUCCUGUUGCAUGAAGUGAUCCCUGUUUCAGUGGAAAGUGAGCCAACUGAACCUGGAAAUGGAGAGGCAACAAGAGAAAAUGAAGUUGUCUUGCCUGCCAUCAAAAACUAUGUGAUAGAACCAUUUUCAGAUAAUACAAACAGUGAUGCCUGUGUUUAAAAUGCAAAGCCAAACUAGAUUAGUAUAAUUUGGGUCCAAGAGGUAGAGUUUUCUAGACUUGUAACUUUAAAUGGCAGAACAACAAGAUCUUGAAAAUUUAUAUGUAUUUGUUUCCUUCUUUAGUGCAUAUAUUUCUUUUAACAAAUUUGAUAUGCAUCUAGGAUAGUUGCUAACCAGGCCCGAGUUUCAGUUUUGCAAACGCCUAAUUUUCCCAUCACAUACCUUUCCCACUUGCCUUCCAGGGUUACAGGUAUUCCUUUCCUCAAUACAAGAAACUUCCCAAGUUGUUUUAGGGAACGGUUUGCUUAAGUUUCUGAGCAGAAGGGGCUGCUUUUCAGGGAGAAGGUAGAGCUUGGCUCCAGUGAUCUGGCACAUUAUCCCCGUUAAAGAACUUGCUGGCAUUAGCAGUCCUGAAAGAGUGGAGUCUACCACUUAGUUAGUCAACCUAAAAUUAGGUUCUUUAAAACAAGAAUUGAAAAGAGCUGUCACAGAAGAUAAAUACAUCAAAACCUAGAAAUAAUACAUUGUGCCAUAUUCAUUGACGAGCAGUGAUUGCUGGAUUUGUUGUUUGUUCACAUUUUUACAAGGAUGUUGGUAAAAUACUUGUGUAUAGAACAUUCAGUUUAUUUCCUUAUAUUUCUCCUCCCCCGAUCUGUUUUGGGAAAGAGCAUUUUUGAAAAAUGAGACUUCUUUGAAUAAACUUUUGAAGCGAG